GUGCCGGCCGAAAUUUUUUGGAACCGGACCGUUGCCUGGGCUUGGUCGUCGUAUUGAACGUCGUACUCAACUCCCUGCUUGCCCUCUGUGCCGGCCAUGUCGCCUUCUUUGACCCGUGAGCAAGUAUCGUCUGCUCAGGUUGAUGGCAACUAUUCCAUUAAGCCCGAAAAUACGCCAAAGCUCGACACUUCUCAAUGGCCUUUACUGUUAAAAAACUACGACAAGCUGCUUGUGCGCUCUGGACACUUUACGCCAAUCCCUGCAGGAUGCGUCCCGCUCAAACGUGACAUUACCUCUUAUAUAAAAUCUGGCGUAAUCAACCUCGACAAGCCGUCGAAUCCUUCCUCCCAUGAAGUGGUCGCUUGGCUUCGAAGAAUUCUCCGCGUUGAAAAGACUGGUCACAGCGGUACACUUGACCCCAAAGUCACUGGAUGCUUGAUUGUCUGUAUAGACCGUGCGACGAGACUGGUAAAGUCCCAGCAGGGUGCUGGAAAGGAGUAUGUCUGCGUGCUCCGCCUUCACGCUAACCUUCCAGAUCCUACCGCCCUCCCUCGUUCCCUCCAAACAUUGUCUGGUGCUCUCUUCCAGAGGCCUCCUCUAAUAUCCGCGGUCAAACGUCAACUCCGGAUUCGCACCAUCUAUGAGUCAAAGCUCCUUGAGUUCGAUGAUAAACGGAACCUGGCAGUUUUCUGGGUAUCAUGUGAAGCUGGAACUUAUAUACGAACGCUUUGCGUGCAUCUUGGUUUGAUUUUGGGCGUUGGUGGGCAUAUGCAGGAGCUUCGUCGUGUGAGGAGUGGUGCCAUGUCUGAAAACGACGACAUGGUCACCAUGCACGACGUUUUGGACGCGCAGUGGAUGUAUGACAAUACCCGUGAUGAGUCCUACCUACGCCGAGUCAUCCGACCAUUGGAAUGCCUGAUGGUUGGUUAUAAGCGCAUUGUCGUCAAGGACAGUGCUGUGAACGCUGUAUGCUACGGUGCAAAACUCAUGAUCCCCGGUCUCCUGAGAUACGAGGCUGAUAUAUCCUUGAACGAGGAAGUCGUCUUAAUGACUACAAAAGGUGAGGCAAUAGCUCUGGGUAUUGCCCAGAUGUCCACUGUCGAGUUAGCUACGUGCGACCACGGUGUUGUUGCGAAAGUGAAGCGGUGUAUCAUGGAGCGUGAUACGUACCCUCGGCGCUGGGGUCUUGGACCCGUUGCGUUGAAGAAAAAGAAGAUGGUCAAGGACGGCAAGUUGGGCAAACAUGGUGAAAAGCUUGAGGGUGUCACCCCUACCGACUGGAGCAAAGACUACGUUGACUACACCCGCGAUGAGAACCCACAGGCGGGACCGUCCACAGUGCCAACGGCACCAGCGCCUGUAGCAGCACCUGAAUCGAAAGACGCAGUGGAGACAGAGCCCAAAGAAAAGGAGAAAAAGCGGAAGAGAAAAUCAGAAGUGCCAGCUCCAGAUGAAGAAGUGAAGGUCGUAGAUGAAGAUGCUGAACGUGCUGAGCGCAAGCGUCGGAAGAAGGAGAAAAAGGCUGCAAAGGAGGCUGAAGGCGCUGAAGAGGACGAAGACGCCCGUCGCGAACGGAAACGACUGAAGAAAGAGAAGAAAGCGAAGGAGGCUGAAGGCGAGUGAUAUGUUGAUAUGUUGUAUUAUAGUUUUUCUUUAUUAUCUUAUAAUGCUAUCCUUGGCUUUUCUGUG